AUGCAUUUGGACCUCCGAGGGAAGUGCUGGAGCUUUGCUCGUGGAAGGAACGGGGACAUCCCCGACGAUCCGCUCAAGGAGCUCGUAGCGGAACUCCGGAAGCAUGUCGACGUAUCACCCAUCCUGGCCGGACAAGCACUCAGGGCCUCGGACAUGGACGUGUCAAAAGCUCUCGUCUGGCUUGAACAAGCUCGCUCCGAGUCUGCGGUGAAGAAGGCAGCGAAGGUCGAGGGGCGGGAGGCAAACGAGGGCAUGAUCGGGACAGCCGUGCUAUCCCCCGGGGCGACCAGCGCAAAGCCCAGCGGAGUGCGCGCCGCCAUGGUCGAGCUAAACUGCGAGACGGACUUCGUCGCACGAAACGACCUCUUCUCCCAACUGCUCGAUGACAUCGCGCACACCGCCGCGUUCAUGUCCGAGCCAGUCGAUUCGGACAAGUUCUUCCACCCCUUCUCCGUCGACGUCCUCCAGGGCGCGCCCCUCCUCUCAAAAACGAACCCCGAGAAGAACGGAAAGAACACCGUGGCGGACGCGAUGCGCGACCUCACCGGUCGGGUAGGUGAGAAGAUCUCAUUGCGCCGAGCCCUCACUGUCGUCCGCGACCCGUUCCCGCCGUCCCAGCGGGACAUUGCGCUGCGCAUCGCGUCCCGCGUACACCAGUCGGUCAGCAACCCCCGGCAAGGGCGCAUUGGCAAUCUCGCUCUGCUUGCGUUGAAGUCGCCCCGGCUGGCGACCGUCCUCGAGUCGGAAGAGUUCCAGAAUGACCUCAGUAGACUCUGCCUAUCCCUCGGGAACCAAAUCAUCGGCUUCCCGACGACCAGUAUACGCUCGUCUUCUGGUGUGCAGGAAGAAGGGGCGCUGUACAAUCAGCCAUUCGCUAUGUUCAUGGGCGAAGGGAACAACCAACCGGUGCAGACGUUCCUCCGGAGUUGGGCAGCCCAGCGUGGCUUGGUAGAGUCGGGCGAGCAAGACGGUGGGGUGAAGGUCUUGGACUUCGCUAAGUGGACGGUCGCCGAAAGUAUCUAG